CUGAGCAACAAGUCGCAACCGGUCUGCAGAAUUUCCCGUGGCACGGUUAUGUUCAGCGCUCGUGCCCUUGAAGAGCGAAAUACUCUCGUUUUUUAUGACCAUGCGAUGUUUAUAUUCGAUAAUCAUAUGUGAAUGUACACGCAGAUCCUGAUGGAGAAACACAUCUGCUGUGUUUGCUAUGAAAUGACGGACUGGAGUUGUGUUUGAAGAACAGAUAAUAAUGACGGGGCUCGUUGAUCAGGGUGAUGACCUGGGGCUGGUGACCCCGAUAGAGCUGGCGGACUCCCCGAAGGACGACGACCCCCAAUGCCCCGCACACUUCAGGCAGAGUCUCAUGCUCCAGCUGAUUGACGACCUGUCUUAUGAAGAUGUAAAGAAAUGCUACAGGGGUUCAACCGUCAGCAAGUACAACUCUCAGUACCACAAACUGUUCUCCGCCGUCCCGAAGGAGGAGAUCCUGAUGAAGGUGUAUUCCUGCGCUCUUCUGCGGGACAUUCUGCUGCAAGGACGGCUUUAUAUUUCCCGAAACUGGCUGUGUUUCUACGCAAACCUUUUCGGCAAAGACAUUAAGGUGGCGAUCCCAGUGGUGUCUGUGCGACUGGUGAAGAAACACAAAACCGCAGGACUGGUUCCCAACGGCCUCGCCAUCACUACCGACACCAGCCAGAAGUAUGUGUUUGUGUCUCUGCUGUCGCGGGACAGUGUGUAUGACGUGCUCAGGAGGAUCUGCACACACCUGCAGGUGAACGGGAAGAAGAGUUUGAGUCUGAAGCAGUUUCUGGAGGAGCCGGGGUCUCUGUCCACGGAUGAGUUCCCGGUGAGCACGGACUUCACGCCGGUGUUGACGUGGCGGAGGAAAGCGUCGGCUCCAUCAGUGUCUUCAUCGCUGCCGGAUCUACUGGGAAACUCCACCAGCAGUCUGAGUGCAGGAGACACACCGUACAUCACUGAGACGCCACUGCAGGAUGUCGUGACGAGUUAUGAAAAUAUCCACACGUUGUUUGAUUGUGAGGAAGAACGGCGUCUGGAGUCCGAGAAGAUUCUUCUGACCGAGCCGGUCUCAGAGCUGGGUCACAUGGAGUAUCACCUGCUCAAGUUCUUCAUCCUGCUCAUUAUUUUGCUCAUCAUCUCAUCCUGUUAUCUGGCGUUCCGGGUCUGUAGUCUGGAGCAACAACUGGCUUUCCUCAACACACAACCAUCAAUGUCCAUGAGAGAGAGGUAACCCAGGUUAAAGAGGUGCGACACUGAACAGCUUCAGGAGAGCCGCGUCUCUCGAGGAUUAACAGCGACAGCACUAGAGUAACGGACCAGCAGAGGGAGACAGAGUCUCACUGAAGAUUCCCUUCACACACACACACACACACACACACACCAGCUCAGUCACAGGGACAGCACUAGAGUAACGGACCAGCAGAGGGAGACAGACGCUGUGUCCGAAAUCACCCAUUACUCACUAUAUAGUGAGCUCGCCAUUUUGUAAUGCU